GACAGUGUAUCGGGUGGGCUGAACGAGCAGCAAGGUGCGUCAUCAUCAUCAUUGUCCAAACGGCAUUACUCAUUGGUGUUCUUUCGAAGUCGAACAAAUGCGGGCAAAAUUUCUGAGUGGUCAAAGGAUGGGCUGAGGGGUGACGCAUCAACUCAUUACAGUUGUGUGUUGUGUCGCAAAUUAAGGUCGAAGACGAAUCGCAACAAUAAUCCAUCCGCUCAAUUGGGUCGUGCAGCCGGUAUUGUCAUCCGAAAUGGUAGAUUCAUUAUUGAUCCGGAUAACCCAAACCCUCCACAUAUCUGUAAUUUUGAUAACAAUCCUUUAUCCGAUGAAGUGGAAGUGUUGAAACGGCGGUCGCAGUUGUUGAGGAGAGAUUACAUUAAAGCGAAGCGACAGGCAAAAGACAAAAGGAAAGUGAUGGGUGGUGGGAUGUUCUUCGUGAACACUGUAGAAUCAGAGGAUGAUGAAGAACAACAAGUUGCAGCAGAGUAUGGUAUUGCAACAACGUCCACUUCCGAGGCAUUCGAUCACUGUUCGAACUCUUAUGCUGCUGAAGAUUGCAGUGCUCGUCGAUUGUAUCCCAACGAAAAUUUGCACGGCAACAUCGUUUUCGAGAUUAAAUCGAAUCGGGAUGGCAUAACCAAAUCGAUAACGAAACAAAUUGAAGUUUGUGAAGAUGGAGCAAACGAUCCAACUGAGAAUUAUUCGAAUGACUCAGAUCCAAAGUAUGAAUGUUCAAUCGUGGGGCUUAUGCAGUUAUGA